AUGUCGAUCCACGACCACUUCUCAUCACCUAGGCCAGCCGUUUUCACACGAACUGUGAACGCCCAUAACCUUAAACACGAGAUUGGUAUAAUUUCAUCAAUCAUUGAUGAUUACCCUUUCGUUUCUUUGGAUACGGAGUUCUCCGGCGUCAUUUUGCGUCCCGGCAAGAAUCCUUACGAUCUUUACGACGCCCUCAAAAGGACUGUCGAGACUUACAAACCGAUUCAGGUGGGACUCACCUUCGCCGAUGCCGACGGGAACUUCCCUCGUAUCGACACCCAAAACCCUUGCGUCUGGGAAUUCAACAUCAAGGAUUUUGAUCCUACGCGUGACCUGCACGCUGCUGAGUGGAUCGAGACCUUGAUAGGAAAAGGCGUCGAUUUUGAGAAGAAUCGUGACUACGGGAUAGAUUCCGUGAAAUUCGCUGAGCUACUGAUGUCAUCUGGGUUGGUUUGUAACCCCGAGGUGGUGACCUGGGUGGCGUUUCACAGUGCUUAUGAUUUCGGCUACUUGUUGAAGAUGCUCACCGGUAAAGCUUUGCCGGAUGAUUUGCCCCAAUUUCUGCUUCUUUUGGAGACCUUCUUUGGGCCUAAUGUGUAUGAUGUUAAGCAUCUGAUGAAGCACUGCAAAGGUCUUCAUGGUGGAUUGAAGCAGGUGGCUAAGACGCUCAAGGUGGAACCGGCGGCCGGAAAGUUUCACCUCGCCGGGGAAAAUAGCUUGUUGACAUGGAACAUCUUUCGGAAGAUCAAGGAUCUUUGCGGUGGUGAAGUCGAGAAGUGUGGUGGCGUUAUCUAUGGAUUAGAGGCUUAA